AUGUGCUUGGCGGGUCUGCGUGUGGACCUGGAUCUCUACCUGCGCCGGGCCCCGGAGACUCUCCACGCGGGGUGGGCCCCGCCGGGCGCCGCCCGGGCUACGGGGAGUAGCCCUCCGCACCCCAAGUGCCCUGAUCGCGACUGGGACCGGCUGCUGCGGGAGGUACGGGCGCUGGGGGCCCCUUACAUCCCCAGCACCCGCGUGGAGGCCUGGCUGGUGCACGCCGUGGCAACCGGGGAGGGGAAUGGGGCGCUCCCCUCUUCGCCCGUCAGUGGCGCCGGCGGAGAUGGCCCCAGCGAGAGCAGUGCCCAAGAGGGUCCCGGCUACCCCUUCUCCUCCCGGGGGAGCAGCCUGCAGGCCCAGGAGGAAAGGGAUGGAGAAGUCUCAGCGGCCCCCGAAGCCGAGUCCACCCCGGGGGGAAGUGACUGUCCUAGCCUAGAGGACACAGAUUUGAAAACUGGUCUGGAAGUUUUGGAUUGCUGUUUUCUGCGUAAAGGAAGUGAACAAUCAGAAUCACAAGAGGAGAAGAUAAAGCAAGUGAAUGAUGAAGAGAAUGAAAAAAAGGCUGAAAAUGAGGGGGAAGAGACAGAAAAUAUAGAUUCUAGCACAGAGGGCAUAAUUGAAAACACCAGUUCUACCUCCCUGUCUACAGCAGGGCUAGCACAGGAUAAUGCUGUAGAAGAUAUAUGGCAGGACUUUCUUUUAUCACCUGAAUUACAGGAAAAUUCCUCCUCCUCUCAGUACAGUGUAAAUUUGACCCACGCGAUUAGCCAUGAUGUCAGCCUCCAUGAAGCAAUGUUACUGAGAUCAAACCACAGCACUUGGGCAAACCCAGAAAUAAGGAAUGUACGGCAACAAGAGUCCUUUCUGCAGUUAAAUUCUAGCAACACAAAUUCUGAAUCCUUGCUUAAUGGGACUAAUUUGGGGUUAUUUCCAUCUGUUGACAUUAGGAACCUAACAAACCACGAUAUUCUUUCAGAUCUUGAUGAAAACAUAUUUGAUGAGAUAAAUCUAAUGGCCUUAGCACUAGAAGAAGGUUUUGAGCAGAUGGAAGUCUCUCAGCUCUUUGAAGAACCGGACUCAGAUUCUGGACUUUCUUUAAACUCAAGCCACAGCAGAGCCUCUUCAAACAAUUCAAAUUCAUCAUCUGUUUCAACUUGCAAUGAAGGUGCUGUUGGAUAUAGCAGUGAUACAGAAUAUACUUCACACGAGGACAUAGGAGCUGUAGGGGGUCAUUACCCAGAGCAUAGUAAACACUGCCAAUUGGGCUAUCAACGUGAUUCAAACUAUUGUGGGGAAACCACACUUCAACAUAUUCUUCAUAAUCACACUUACAAUCAUCUGUCAAAUGAAUUAGCAUCCACUUCUGAGCAUUAUCCUUCAUCCUCUGAGAAAUCAGAAAGAGUAAAGGGCAGGUGCCUCAAUAGCACAAAUAAAUAUCUGAGCCCUGAUGAACGCCGCGUGAGAGCCCUGAGAAUUCCAUUUUCUGUAGACGAAAUUGUCUGCGCGCCUGUUGAGGCAUUCAGCAACAUGUUAUCAAAGUUCUAUCUGUCAGAUACUCAAAUAUCGCUUAUGCGUGACAUAAGGCGAAGAGGAAAAAACAAGGUUGCUGCUCAGAACUGCCGCAAACGUAAACUAGAUGUGAUCCUGAACUUGGAAGAUGAUGUGUGUAAUCUUCAAGCCCAAAAAGAAAGACUUAAGAAGCAGAAAUCUCAGUGCAGUAAAUCGAUUAGCCAUAUGAAGCAAAAGCUAAAUGAUCUUUAUCAUGUAAUUUUCAGUAGGUUAAGGGACGACCAGGGCAGACCUGUUAAUCCAAGCCACUAUGCUCUUCAUUGCAAUAAUAAUGGCCGCAUUUUGAUAAUACUUAAGAGACUGGUCACAUCAGAACAGAAACAAGAUAACCAAAAAGGACAGAAACAAAAAUAUUAAAAUUGCUAAAUUAUUUAGGAUUCAUUCUGACAGAGUGAGAUUGAAGAUAGUGGCAUAAAUGGCCAAGAAUGCAUAUGGACCUUUUAAAAAAGAAAAAUGACCCAAAAAUGCUGGAGGCCAAGAAUGCAUAUGGACCUUUUAAAAAAGAAAAAUGACCCAAAGUGUAAUAUGAGAUUUAUGCAGAUGGCUUGCAUCUUUAAUUAUUGGAAUGGUUUAUGUAAAUAUAGUAAAUUGUCAACCAUUAGAAGCUACAACGGUAAAAAGCUGCUAGUCCGAUUGAACUGCUGAGAUGUAACAAAAGGUAGAGUUACUAGAGGAUACCAGGCCAUCAGUGGAAGAAGCAUUUCUACUUAGUGUGAAUUUAUUGCCUUUAAAUUAGUUUGCACAACAGUAUUUGCAAUACUGCACUUAUAGAACUAUAUGGAAAAAGGGUUGUAGGGACCAGAUAGAGGGUAUGUAAAUGUUGUCAUAACUGGAACUAGGAACCAUAUUUUGUAGAAUGAAUGCCAAAAAAGUACAAAAUUGACACUGGUUGCAAAUGGAGGGAAAAAUGUAUUUUCUCCCUAAAUUCAUGACUCUUGGCAGAUAAAGUGACCUUAAAUUUUGAUUUAGUCUGCUAGCAGUGGCAGAGUUUUUUAAAAAGCAAGAGACUUAGAUUCAUAAAAGUUUGGCUUAAAUUCCUUGUGGUUUUAUGUAUUUUUCCUAUUUCUGUGGAUGUAAAGUAUACUUUUUGCACUUGUGUAAAACAAUGCUUCUUUCCUUUGUUUUCUGAAGAGGCCCUGAAGGCUAUUCAGACGUUUCCUCUCCCCCAUAAGUGUAUGUACAUGCACGCGCCCACACACACUCCACACUGCACAUUUAUUUCAAAAUAACUCAUGUUUACUUUGAAAUAAUGGGCUUCUUUGUAACACUAAUUUCACAAGGAGAAAGGGAAGUGUGUUCUUCCUUCAACUUCUUGCUGUGUAGACAGCACCAAAAGUAGAAUUAAGGUACUUCGACUUUAGCUACGCAGGCAGUUAACGUAGCUGAAGUUGUGUAUCUUAAUUUGACUUUAGUCUGCAGUGUAGACAUACCCUCAUACUCAAGCAAACUUGGAUUGCUCAUUAAUUUUAUACUUGUCAUUUCCUCUAAUUACAUAUUGAAAUAGUUUGUACCUGUUUCAAUACCACAUUACACUUAUGUCUGUGUAACACCAUUGACUUUUCUGUGCAAAAGUGAAAAACUACAAUGGUGAAUCAGGCAUUUCCUCUGACAGGUAGGUUUUCAUUCUAGAUAACUUGCCUUUUCUCUAAAGAAAAAACACUUUCUUGGUUGUUUUAAAUUAAUCUUUUGUAAGCACAAUUAAUUUGUUUUUAAACAGAAUUUUUAAAGUCAGAUUUGCCAAGAAUGUGUCUCAAACCACAUAGGUAAAAUCAACUGUAAUAUUUUACUUGACUUAUGAUCAUGCUGUGACCAGCUAAAUUGUUUAGAGUGAAGACAUUCUAGGUUUAACUAACAUGGAGAUGUAUUUGUGCCAUGAAGUGUGCAAAAGGCAUCCUUAUUCAUAAUGGGUCACUUAUAUUUUGUUAUACAAAUAUGUAAUGCUGAAAUAAAAGGUAACAAUUUUGGGGUAAGUUCUGAAGUGUAAGUAUCUGAAACAGAAUGCAGCUAUGUGACCAUCUGAUAUCCAAGAAAAACAGACACACAUACAUGUAGCACAGUCUCAAAUGGUAUACAUUAAGGAUGUUAAGGAUUAGUAGACUAUCCGAUAAGCAAAUGCUUAUCGGACAGUCAGUCGCCUAGUCGAUUCCCCUCCCCGCCCCUCCUCCCCUUGCUGCCUCUAUCAGAGGCAGCAAAGGGGAGGGUAGAGGGGGUACCUUCAAAGCAGCAGCACUGCAUAGCUGAGCCCAGGAUCAGCUGUGCGACACUGCAUCUUUGAAAUAUUGAGGCAGGGUGUUUCAAAUCAACAGUGCCGUGUGGAGCCUGGGGUCAGCUGGGGCCUGCUGAUCCCAUGCUCCCUGAGGGUACAACUACACAAUAGCAGCACUGUUUAAUAACUCAACAGUGCUGUACCAAACAUGUAAAAGGAAAAGCCAAAAUGACUUGUUUCAAAGAGAAAUAAGAUGAGAGAUGCUGUUAUAAGUCUGUCCCUCUGGGUGUGGGUGAUCAGACCGCUCCAGAGAUCUUAGAGCUGAAGGAUUGAGGGCACAAUGAUAGUAUUCUUAUUAGUUUUAUUCCAUAUUUAUAUAUCACCAAAGAGGUUAAGAUCGCUUGCAUGUAAUUGCAAUAUAUUCUAUUCCCCUUUUCAAGCACUCACACAAGCGUCCUUAUCAGGUGGCCAACCCUAAUAGUAGCUGGAAGAGGCUGGAGAUAUGGCCAUGCAUGCACUGCCUCAGCAUCUGUUGAUUCAUCCUCACUGAUACCCUGGCGCGAAGGACCUUUAUACACUUCUAAGCAGUAGCUCUGUUGAUGAUUCACUGAGAAACUGCUAUGUAAAACUUUCCUCCGAAACUGCUGCAUCAGACUUUUCUCUGGGUAGCACACACAGAGUUACUCUUAGUCAUGCUUUUUUUCCAUGUUUGUCCCAUAGUCACUUUGCGCAAUCGGGUCUCCUGAUGUUUUGCCUCUUUGCCUCUUCUGUCUACUCCACAACCAUACCGCAUCCACUCUUAUUCAUUCUUACCUCAUUAAUUUGUUAUAAUCAAUAUAUAAAUCAAUCAAUGCCUAUCAUGGUGUGAAUCUACAUGGUUAAAUUUGCUGCACUUAACAUUUACAGAAAUUAGUCACAGAUAGCUUUGUAUCAAGACAUGUUUUGUAAAACCACAUGCUUUCCUCAGAAUACAAAACUUUCUCUGUGAUGUGGUAAUAGUCUGUUCCUGUACAACAUUUCAGUCACAUUGUAUUUAUACAGCUAAAGGUUUUUUUCUUGUAUAUAUCCCAAGUUCUUUUAGUGCACAACUGUCACCUCUCCUUGAGCACAUAAGCUACAUGGAGAACACUUUGUCAGUUGAAGUUUUCUGAAAUUUUCCUGUUCAGUAGAUCACUUCUAAGAACUCCAUAGCUAGCCGUCUAUAUAUUUUUAGGCUGAGCUGCCUUUUUUAAAAUCAAGUCACUACAUUUUUUUACUUUAAACAGUUGAGUUGCAAAGUAAAGCCUAUUCUGCAAAGAUUAUUCAUGUGUUAGUAGGACAAUUCACUUAAUUCUACAUCUGUGUAAGCCUUUGUACCUGUUAAUCAUGGAAAGAUUCAUAGGCACUGCAAAACUAAAAAGCAAAAAGACUAGGCAGUAAUGUUUCAUUUACAGGGGGGGCUUUGGAAGUCUGACAGCCAUUUGUAAUAGGAGUUUGUCAGUGACCUUACCAAAUAUUUUGCACUUUGCAGCUUAGUUGGUGAAGGGAAGCACUGAAAAAGUAAAUGGCUAAUUUAUGUAUUCUAAGAGGCUGCACAUCAAUCUAUAUUGACUUGUAAAUGUAGCCAAAGCCUUAAUAAAUAAAUGUGUAGCUGCGCCAGCACUUUAAUGUAGCAGCAUGGUCAUGUAACCUGCACUGGGAGAGAGCCCUCCCAGAGCUCUAGACCAGUGGUCCAACCUUUUGGGGCCACACGUGCCGCACUCCCAGGGCUGGCGCCACAUCUGUGCUGCACGCUCCAGGGUGGUGCCGCCCAUACACCGCAUGACCGGGGUCAGAACAGCUAAUGUCCCGUGAUCCCAGGGGCAGGGCCACCACCACCCAUGUGCUGUGCACCUGGAGCCAGCAGCGCCCAUGUGCUGUGCACCCAGGUCAGCGCUGCCUAUACACUAAGCCCUGGGGCUGGCACAGCCCUCGCACCGCUCAUCUGGGGCAGGGCCACCUAACUGCCACAUGCCCAGGGGCCGGCACCGCCCAUGUGCUGCGCACCUGGGGGCAGGGCCAGCCCCAAUCACUCAGCAAGCACACAAAUGGUCUGGCGGGUGCCAUGGUGCCCACGGGCAACACAUUGGGAACCACUGCUCUAGACAAACUAUCUCCAUGAGGGGAAUAGCUAACAGUACUGGAAACCAAUGUACACUGGCCUUUUACAGUCCUUUCUUGCUAAGCUGGGGGGGGAGGGGGGGGAGAAGGAGGAGGAAGGAGUUUCUCAUCCAAGAAUGAGAAAGUUACAGUAAAGUGGUAGUGUAGACAAGCCUUAAGAAUCUAAUGUCAGAUCUUUAAGUGAUAAUCAAAGAUAUAUAGAGGAAGAGACCUGUUUUAAGUACAGGCAG